AUGCCGCCUCACAGUGUGGCGUCGCGCGAAGAGCGCGACCGUCUGCGCAAGGAGCUGCUGAUCGCGGAGAAGGCCCUCACCCGGCAGCGCGACGAGGUGGCCCGCCGGCGGCGCGAGCUGCCCUGGGUGAGGGUGGAGAAGGAUUACACCUUCGAGGCAGCGGGGGGCGCCACCGUGAGGCUGUCGGAGCUGUUCCGGGAUGGCAAGGACGACCUUGUGGUGUACCACUUCAUGUACGACCCCGACUGGGAGCUGCCCUGCGACCACUGCUGCUGCUGGGCGGAUGGCUUCAACGCCUACCUGCCGUUCUUCGAGGACAAGUUCAACUUCGCGGUGGUGGCCAAGGCGCCGUACGAGAGGCUGGCGUCGGUGAACGAGAUGAAGGGCUGGACGCUGCCAAUGUACAGCUCCGCUGCAAGCGACUUCAACAAGGACUGCGAGGUGGAGGACGUCGUCGUGAAGGCCGGGGGAAAGGAGAUACUGCUGUCGCAGGCGGCCGCCGUCAGCGUGUUCCGCAAGGAGGACGGGGUGGUCUACAGCACGUACAACACCUCGCAGAGGGGCCUGGAGUGCUUCAACGCGAUCUGGGCUUUCCUGGACACACUGCCCAACGGACGGGAGGGCUGGCACCCAAAGCACAGGCACCUGUACACUGGGAAACGAUUUGAGAAGGAGGACCGUAGCUCCGAGUCACACAAGAGACGAAAGAGUCAGGACUAG